AUGCUGAAGUCAGUUGCUCGAUCUUCUGCCGCCUGGCGUUCGCAGAGCAGGCUAGCAAGACCUUUCUCCCAAACUUUGAGCGCCUUUAAUGCUAAAAGUGACAACACUGAAACUGCCCAGUUCACCCAUUUUGGCUCCAAGAGGGUCCCUAAAGUAGAGAAGGAGAAGUUGGUUAGGCAUGUCUUCUCAUCCGUGGCUUCGAAAUACGAUUUGAUGAACGAUGUAAUGUCGCUUGGUAUUCACAGGUUAUGGAAGGAUCAUUUUAUAAACAAGUUAGAUGCCGGUAAGAGACCUAAUUCCACAGAACCUUUACAUUUCAUCGAUGUAGCAGGAGGGUCAGGGGACAUCGCCUUUGGGAUUCUCGAUCACGCUGAGCAGAAGUUUCAUGAUACAGAGUCUUCAAUGCACAUUGUGGACAUCAAUCCUGAUAUGUUGAAGGAAGGUGAAAAGAGAGCUAUGGAGCAACAGAAGUACUUCAAUGAUCCAAGGGUCACUUUUUUGGUUCAAAACGGAGAAACUCUGGACAAGAUAGAAUCGAACUCAAAAGAUGUGUACACUAUCUCGUUUGGAAUCAGAAACUUCACCGAUAUUCAGGCAGGGCUGAAUGCUGCAUACAGAGUUUUGAAACCUGGCGGUAUUUUUUACUGCUUAGAGUUCUCGAAGAUUCAGAACUAUCUGGUUGACUCAGCUUAUCAACAGUGGGCCAAGAUCUUGCCCGUUAUGGGUUCAAUAGUAGCCAACGAUUAUGACUCGUACCAAUACUUGGUCGAGUCGAUCGAGAAAUUUCCUGACCAAGAGACUUUCAAGGAAAUGAUUCAAAAGGCAGGGUUCGAAUCUGCAGGAUAUGAGAGUUUAACUUUUGGCAUUUGUGCCAUCCACUGGGGUGUGAAGGUUUGA